AUGAUGGCUGAUAAGAUUUCACAGUUUCUUACGGCUAAUAUGACGGAGGCCACUCAAAUCUCAUUAAAGGAAUGGGGCCCAAAAGUUAUUAGUUUCGUCCAACGCAUCAUUCAAUCACAAGAGAAACAAUGUAAUGGUGUGGCGUUAGUAACAAGCGGAGGAACUGUCGUUCCUCUCGAAGUGCAUGCCGUUCGAUAUCUCACAAAUUUCAGUUCUGGUGGUCGUGGGGCAAACUUUGUGGAAUCUCUCGUGCAGCGUAAAUGGGCUUGUGUCUUUCUACACCAUAAAGACUCUGAACAACCAUUUCGUUGUCAUAUUAAUCGAAUGAGUACGAAACAAUUAUUUGCUGAACUUGCCGCUCCUUCACGGUCUCCUACACUCACGGCCGCGAUGGAGGCGUAUGAGAAGUAUAAUGAUUAUAUACUUUAUAUUCCCUAUCACACGGUGAUUGAAUAUAUGUAUUUACUGCAGUUACUCACAGUGACGUUAAGUCGUCAAGUGGAGUGUUUGCAGUCGGUACCAAUGAUGUUAAUUGCGGCAGCGGCGGUUUCGGAUUAUUUUAUUCCACUUGAACGUAUGUCAAAGAAUAAAAUAAGUGGUGGAAAUGGUCUCACACUCCAGUUGGAUAAUGUACCAAAGGUGCUUGCUACUAUUAGUGAAGAAUGGCAUGGAUCGGCUGUAGAUAUUCCACGGUAUUUAAUUACGUUUAAAUUAGAAACAGAGGAAACCGCUAUGAAAACAAAGGCUGUACACAAUUUAAAUCAAUAUGAUUGCGAUGUGGUAGUGGCCAAUAUGCUGCAGAACUACAGAGAAAAGGUUUUGGUUUAUUGGGGAGGACGACACCGGGAAAAAGAGCCCAUGCCACUCGUGAAACCACAAAACUCUACUAUGGAAACAUUGCUAACAAAUGUAUUUCUUCAACAGAUUGAAAUAGAUAUGCAUGAGAUGGCAGAAAAGAAACAGGAGAAAGAUUGCUGA